UCAAGCGCGUAGCAAACGUUAGCUAGUUGUUUGCUUAAUAGGUAGCAAAAGUCACUUUUGUAAAUGUUCCGAUGAAUUCAUUGCGACUUAGGUUGUCUUAGGAGAAAACAACGAACCUGACGAAAUGAACAGUAGACUGCAGGAAAUCCGCGAGCGUCAAAAACUUAGGCGGCAGCUUUUAGCUCAACAGUUGGGAGCUGAGAGUGCAGAUAGCAUUGGGGCUGUGCUGAACAGUAAGGAGGAACUAAAAGAGAUAGAAGAGACAAGAGAAACGUGCAGGGCAUCACUGGAUAAUUCUGCCCCUCCCUCCAAGAGAAAGACUCUGACAGAAAGCGAUGACACAGAGGAAGAUGUGGAGGAACAAAAAGAGGAGGUGGAAGUGCUGCCGCCUGAGGAAAGCAACCCAUACGAGGAAGUUUACAAGGACUCAAGUACUUUCCUUAAGGGUACGCAGAGUUUGAACCCUCACAAUGAUUACUGUCAGCACUUUGUCGACACAGGCCACAGGCCACAGAACUUCAUUCGAGAUGUCGGCUUGGCUGAUCGAUUUGAGGAGUACCCCAAACUGCGAGAGCUGAUCCGACUGAAGGACGAACUCAUCUCCACGACAAACACCCCUCCCAUGUACCUGCAGGCCGACCCGGAGCACUUUGACCUGCAGGAUUUAAAAAGUGAGUUUGAUGUCAUCCUACUUGAGCCGCCUUUAGAGGAAUAUUACAGAGAGUCAGGCAUCAGCCACACAGAGCGCUUCUGGACCUGGGAUGAUAUCAUGAAGCUGGAGAUUGAAGAGAUAUCCGCCCUGCGGUCUUUCGUCUUUCUCUGGUGCGGCUCGGGUGAAGGCCUGGACUUGGGAAGAAUGUGUUUAAGGAAAUGGGGCUUCAGGCGUUGCGAAGACAUCUGCUGGAUCAAGACCAACAAGAAUAACCCAGGCAAGACAAAGGCACUGGACCCAAAAGCAGUAUUUCAGAGGACCAAGGAACAUUGCCUGAUGGGGAUCAAAGGAACGGUGCGGAGAAGCACAGAUGGCGACUUCAUCCAUGCCAAUGUGGACAUCGACUUAAUCAUCACGGAGGAGCCCGAGAUGGGAAACGUCGAAAAGCCCGUCGAGAUCUUUCACAUCAUCGAGCACUUCUGUUUGGGCCGCAGGAGGUUGCACCUUUUUGGACGAGACUCAACCAUCAGACCGGGCUGGCUGACAGUGGGCCCCACUCUCACCAACAGUAAUUUCAACUCGGAGAGCUACGCCGCACAUUUCGCUUUGCCAGAAUCCCACCUCUCCGGUUGCACAGAGGAAAUCGAGCGACUGCGGCCCAAAUCGCCACCUUCUAAGAUGAAGUCUGACCGCGGUGGCGGAGCACCCAGAGGAGGGCGCAGCGGUCCGAACGCAGGGAGAGGUGGGGAGAGAGGUCGGGAAAGAAACAGACCAAACUUCCGUGGAGACAGGGGCGGAUUCCGGGGCCGGGGAGGACCACACAGAGGCUUUCCCCCACGCUAGCGCCAUAAGGCUAACCCAACUGGCGCUAGUUAGAGGCAUCCUUAGACCUGACUGUAAACAAGUUUCUACUCAUAAAAGGCCCCUUUGAUAUCCACCCACCUGCCACAUUUGGUACACCAGCACAAUCUAAUGUGCUCUCAUGCAAGCUCCAUGUCUGGCUUCUUGACUGUAAACUCCAUUCAAGUGUUUGGCCUCCAGCAAUGUUCUUUCACAAAGAUUUUACAAACGUUCACCCAGAGUCUGAAUACACUGUUUAUCCAGCA